GCUCUUUUCACUUUUUAAGAGUGAGCUCCCUAUACGAGAAUAUUUCCAUAUAGUCAAUUUCCGGUCACCAGCUGAGGCGACCUCUAGUGUCUACUCAAAAUAACGUUUCGGCAACAUAGCCGUCUUCUCAAUCAAGCUAAGUACGGGAGAAUCUUCAAAGCGAGAAUAAUAGCAAUAGCUUUAGACGAACAACAGAAUGAACGCGGCGGCAGAGGGCGACAAGGCCCUAGCCAACUCUGACUGUCCCACUGCCAUCCGGUACUUUACCCAAGCCCUGACGGAGCUUCCCCGCGCCCCAGCCUACUAUAUCAAGAGGUCGACUGCAUUUUCACGGCUCAAGCCCGCAGACGGAGGUCCCAACUUCCAGGCCGCGCUUCAAGAUGCUGAAAUCGCGCUUACGCUUGCUCGAGAACGAGCGAAACGCGAGCUUAUAUUGUCGGCACAAAUGAGACGCGGCAUCGUCCUGUAUCAGCUUGAGCGAUACGGCGACGCAGCGUUCGUGUUCAGCACCAUCCAGGACAAGAUUGGCACAACUACAGAAGGUCAAGAUAGAUCGGAGAGAGUGAAGGAUGCAAUGGCUGGUGGCGGUGCUGCACGUUCCUCCGCCAAGAAAGGCUAUGAGCAGGAACUUCCGAUUUGGACAUUGAAAGUUAAGGGAAAGCUGAGCAAGCUCGCCGAGGGCGACGAGAAAGCAAGGGUCACCAUUGAAGAAUUCCCCAAGGGGGUGUCGGUUCCGUCUGAAAAGGACCUCAAGAAGCAACUCGAUGCUUUCAAGGCUGGUAAAGUCGAGGAGAGAAGUACUCAGGCACAGACCACCUCGGCGGACGACAAGGGUCACAAGGCUACAGAUCCAGCAAAAACAAGCACUCCUACAACAGAGAGCCAGGCCACAAUAGGCAAGGUUCCAGCCGUGAUGUCCACUACAUCACCAUCCACUGGUCCCUCAACAGAAAAGGUUCGGCAUGAGUGGUAUCAGUCUCAUGACUCGGUUGUCGUGACCCUUUAUGUUAAGGGAGUGCCCAAGGACCGUGUUGACACCGAGCUUAAGGAUGAAUCGGCUGCCAUUCAAUUCCCGCUCCCGUCCGGCGCGGACUACGCUUUUACUCUGGAUCCUCUGUUCGCACCGAUUGAUCCAUCUGCAUCAAAGGUUUCCGUGAUGUCAACCAAGAUCGAACUUGUCCUACGAAAAAAGACAGCAGGCCAGAAAUGGGGCGCAUUAGAAGCGUCGUCGUCAAGCGCCAAACUUGCUGAUCGACAGGCCAUUGUAGGAGCAGCCCCCGCAGCCGAAAGCGGACCUUCCUACCCGACCUCAUCUCGCCGCGGUGCCAAGGAUUGGGAUAAAGUCGCAUCAACCCUGACAGCGAAGAAGUCGAAAGGCAAGGAUAAAAAUGGGAACGCGGAGAAAGAUGCAAAAGCUGGUGAGGACAAUGGCGAUGAAUCCGACGGCGCGGAUUCUAUCGACUCUGACUACGGCACUGGCGAUCCAGUGGAUGCUUUCUUUAAGAAACUGUAUGCCAGCGCGGACCCGGACACCCGUCGGGCCAUGGUGAAGAGUUACGUGGAGAGCCAGGGCACGUCUUUGAGCACCAACUGGAAGGAAGUGAGCCAAGGCAAAGUGGAAGCACGGCCACCCAGUGACUAAGUCGAUCAUGCUCACAGCUUGCGGUUAAUUCACCUAAUCUAGUUUCCAGUAGACCGUCUGGGAGGAAAAAGCGUUGACAGAAUUACGAUUGGAUACGCAUUGCAUCUAGCGGGUGUUCUGUUCUGCUUCGGGUGUCGUCCUUUCUAUCCAAAUUCAUCGCAUGGCUAUAAUAUGACGAAGAGAUAGAUACCUUUCUAACGAAUCUUAUGACAAC